GGUCACUGCACUCGAAUCACUCUCAGCUGCUUCACGCUGCUCUUGAAGUCAAUUCGGAAUACUUACAUCCAUAACCGGCAGAACCACCACGGUCUGAGCCGCUUCUCUCUGCACACUGUGCACGCGGGUGACCUCUCGACUGCCUAUCAGAAGCCUGCAGCGUGCAUGCAUGCCACACACAACGGCCACCAUUCGCUGUCCAAACAAUGACAUAGAUGUCUUCCGGUACACUGGUGUGUAUCGUGGUCAAAACGGUUAUUGACAGCGACCAAGAGCAUGAUUCUGGAGUGCCGCGCUCUAGUUCUUUUCUGUUGGGAAGGCCUCCGCACGCAGGCCGCAGGUUUCGGAUCGAUUGAAUCUCGCGCGUCUUGAAGCGCCUAAUCAAGACAAUGCACGCGAUGUGAGUUGUAUACUACGCUGCCUGUGCUGCAGUAGGCCGACUCCAAGUGCUCGGAUCUCUGAUUUAUGCUCCUGCAUAGAUAAACGGCAAGCACUGAGACGCAAGGGCGACAUCGCCAUCGGUGGCACAUACGACUACCAUUAUUGGGAUUGCUUGGCCCAUCUGCGAGUGCGAAUCUAGUGCGACAACGUGACGAGGAUGACUCGUGGAAUAGGCUAUCGCUUGUGUCCUAAUGGUGUGCAGCACUGGGUCCCUAAUGAACUUGAGCGUCGGCUCCGAAAACGGCUCGGGAGGGUCGGAUACCCGUGGUAUUUCUCUUGAUUCGGCUUCACGAUCCAUGAGACAUUGUUCCUCCAAAAUCGAGUCGGAAUGGUAUAAAAUGCAUGCUGAAAGGCGAGAAAAAGAGCCAGGUUCUCAUCCCCGGGUCCUAUUUUCCUGCAGCGGUCGACAUUCGUCAGAUCCAAUGGCUUUUUCACUCGCGCUCGCUGUUUUUGCCGCUCUUGCAGUCCCAGUCUCUACUGCGCCGACGCCCGACGUUGUUAUCUGUCCCGAUGGUACCUUCGUCCCAAGCAGCGUCUGCUGCGCUUUCAUCCCUAUCGUCAAAGACCUCCAAGAGAACGUCUUUGAGAAUCUCUGUAGCGAAGAUGCGCACGAGGUACUUCGACUCACCUUCCACGAUGCGAUCGCCAUCAGCCAGUCCCUAGGCGCCUCAGCUGGUGGCGGAGCGGAUGGCAGUAUGCUCCUCUUCCCGACAGUUGAACCUUUCUACGGUGCAAACGACGGUCUCGAUAACAGUAUCAAUAACCUGAUCCCCGUUCUCCAUCGUCACAAUGUCUCGGCUGGAGACUUGAUUCAAUUUGCUGGAGCAGUCGCAGUUGGAAACUGCCCGGGUGCUCCUCGGCUGGAAUUCCUGGCCGGUCGCAAGAAUGCAGUAGCUCCUGCCAUCGACGGUCUGAUCCCGGAACCCGCAGACUCUGUGACAAAGAUCCUCAAUCGGUUCGCUGAUGCCGGCAACUUCUCUCCGUUCGAGGUCGUCUCUCUGCUCGCCAGUCACACUGUUGCCCGUGCCGACAAGGUUGAUACGACUCUCAUCGCAGCCCCGUUUGAUUCGACCCCGUUUGACUUUGAUACCCAAAUCUUCCUUGAGGUUCUGCUCAAAGGCACCGGUUAUCCAGGGACUGGUAACAACCCUGGAGAAGUCAUGUCGCCUCUACCACUGACUUAUCAGAACAACACGGGUGAAAUGCGACUUCAAUCCGACUUUGCGUUUGCUCGUGACCCGCGAACGGCUUGUUACUGGCAAAAUUUCAUCGAUGAGCAAGACUACAUGGCAUACAGUUUCAAAGCUGCCAUGGCAAAAAUGGCGAUUCUGGGAUCGAGACGCUCAGAUCUUGUCGACUGCUCUGCUGUUGUCCCCGUUCCGAAGCCGGCUCUUAACAAACCAGCGAGCUACCCUGCCACCAAACACGCGCGGGAUAUUCAACAGGCCUGCCCUUACUAUGAAUUCCCGACUUUGACCACCGAUCGUGGUACCGUGGAGACUCAAAUCCCUCACUGUCCUGACGGCGGCCAGCUGUGUCCUCCUAUCCGCCUCCCCGGUCCCGCCUAGGGUAGCUGUGUGGUUCGACGAAACAACGAGGGAUCACGAUCCAGAGCUUAGAGAGAACUGAGAAACUUGAUUUGUGGAUAUGAAUGUGCACUCCAUUUCUUUCGGUGACAGAUAGGAAUCGUGAAUCUAAAAACCCGGUGA